AUGUGCCAAUACCGAGUCAGAGUCCAUAACUGUGGUCACUACGACAAGACACUGAAGACCGCAUGCAAACCUGCAAAGAAAGCAAAGAAGGUGUGUACACCCGGAAAUCUCGAAGAUGCUUCAACCAGCGGUUUAGCUUGGUGUGGAAUCCAUGGGUGCGAUAAGAAGGCUGGCUUACGGCGAGAUGGGCCAGGUUCCAGGACGAAUGGUGAUUUUGACGAGGAUGAUGUGGAAUGGGAUUAUGUUUAA